UUUUUCUUUUUAACUUUCUGUGUUUACUUUCCCAGAACUCUGUUUCUCGCUCUUCAUAGGUACAAAAUAUAAUUUUAAUAUAUAAAAUAUUUAAUAUUAUUUAUCUGUGUGUAUGGUCCCGCCCGUGGGGUUAAUCGGAGUGUGUGAGAUCUACUUCGCAGGAGUGAAUAGAAGAAAGGGAUAGAGGGAGUGGCAGGUGAAGAAGAGAGAAGGAUUCGGGAAGUCCGUGGAGGAAGUGUUGAAGUGAUUGGAUUUGUUUGUGAUCCCUUUUUUGGAUUAUAAUUGAGAACCGUGGUGGCUCUUUAUCAAGUUUACAAUCAAUUGGAUUGAUUUUCAGUCAUGUUGUGGAGAUGAGUGAAACUGUUAGUAGGGGUGUUGUAAAAAGAUUUUGUGAUGGUAUACAGGUUUACCUGAUUGAAAAUGUCAGAUUUGUAUCUGAUGAUCACAGUUGAUGGUUGAAUGCUAUCGGCUGGGUGCUGACAUACACGGAUAUGCUAUAUGUUAAAUAUUUUGCAAGUUGCAGGUCCUUUUAUCAACUUAAGUUUAAUUUGAAGCUGCUAACGUGUCAAUGCUUGACAUGUAUAAUAAAUAGAAUCCUUUUAUAGAAAUAUUAGUUAAUUUGCAGUAAUCCAAUUAUCUAUGAGUCAUUGAGAGUUUUGGCUGCGUCAAAGUGUUUGUCCUGAGUAUCAUAUUGUUUUCGUAAGCCUAAUUGCUGGUGGUAUGGAGUCAAAGAGUAAAAUGGAAGCAGAGACAUUAAGUGCUAACCACCCGCCUAGCUUUCUUCAUCGGUCCCUUCCUGCUGUUGUACCGAUGCUUUUGAUUUCAAUUGGAUAUGUUGACCCUGGAAAGUGGAUAGCAGUUGUUGAAGGUGGUGCACGGUUUGGGUUUGAUCUGAUGGCUUUCAUGCUUAUUUUCAAUUUUGCUGCUGCCUUCUGUCAGUACAUAUCUGCAAAGAUUGGUGUAAUUACAGGAAAAAACCUUGCUCAGGUUUGCAGUAAUGAGUAUGAUACAUGGACAUGCAUGCUCCUUGGAAUUCAAACAGAACUUUCAGUGAUAAUGCUUGACCUUAACAUGAUCUUGGGCAUGGCACAAGGAUUAAAUCUUAUUUUUGGGUGGGACUUGUUCACUUGUGUCUUUUUAACUGCCAUCGGUGCUGUUUUUCAUAUACUUCUUGCUGUCCUGCUUGACUUUGAAAAGGCAAAAAUUCUUGGCCAGUUUGUGGCAUGCUUUGUAUUGCUUUCUUUUAUACUUGGACUACUCAUCAAUCAACAAGAAAUUCCAUUUUCCAUGAAUGGAAUACUAACAAGAUUGAGUGGUGAGAGUGCAUUUGUGCUAAUGAGUCUUCUCGGAGCAAAUCUUGUGCCUCACAACUUUUACCUUCAUUCCUCUAUUGUGCAGUGGCAUCAGGGGCCAACAAGCACUUCUAAGAAUGCAUUGUGUCAUAACCAUUUUUUGGCCAUAUUAUGUGUUUUCAGUGGUCUUUAUUUGGUAAAUAAUAUGCUGAUGACUGCAUCAGCAAAUGAGUUCUACAGUACAGGUCCUGUUCUACUUACUUUUCAGGAUGCAUUGUCACCAAUGGAACAGGUAUUGCGGAACCCAAUAGCUCUGCUUGGUUUUUUGCUCAUUUUGUUUCUCGCAAAUCAAACCACGGCAUUUACUUGGAGUUUAGGUGGAGAAGUGAUAGUGCAUGGUUUCUUAAAAUUGGAUAUUCCAGGUUGGCUACAUUAUGCUACAAUUAGAGUUAUUGCUGUUUUGCCUGCCCUUUAUUGUGUAUGGAGUUCAGGAGCUGAAGGGAUGUAUCAGCUACUUAUAUUCACUCAAGUUUUGGUAGCUCUCCAACUUCCAUCUUCUGUGAUCCCUCUUUUUAGAGUUGCUACAUCUAGAUCAAUAAUGGGUGUGCACAAGCUUUCCCAGUUUCUGGAACUUUUGGCAUUGGUCACAUUUAUUGGGAUGCUUGGCUUGAACAUUGUCUUUGUGGUGGAAAUGAUAUUUGGCAAUAGUGAUUGGGUGGGUGAUUUGAGAUGGAAUGUGAGGAGUGGUGUGUCUCUCUCAUAUUUAGUUCUUCUUACUACUGCUUUUAUGUCAUUAUGUUUGAUGCUUUGGUUAGCUGCUACACCUUUAAAAUCUGCAAGUGUCCAAGUAGGUGCUCAGGCAUGGAACUGGGAUGUGCCAGAGACUGUGCCAAAUCCAACAGCUGAUGGUGAGAAAUCAUAUUUAACUGAAACAAGGUGUCGUGAAGAUUCAUUGGUGCUGGUGGAGCAACCAGAACCAGCUCUAGCAAGGACCUCUGAAUACUCAGAUGUGUCGCUUCCAAGUUUUUGUCCUAAUCUACCUGAAACUAUAAUGGAACCCGAUCCCCUUGUGAAUGAUGUCAGGGGGAAUCAUUCUAUUACAUCAUCAGCUUCCACAUCAGAGUCAGAGGCAGUAUCAACUGUAGUCAGUGAGAUUUCUGAUUCUCGAUUGGAAUACACCAAAACUAUAAAAAUGGAAACAAGUACCCCAAUUGAGCGAACUAUGGAAGUUGAAGAAGAUUCAAAUGCUGAAAGGGAUGAUGAUGAUGGAGAUUCAUGGGAAACUGAAGAACCUUCCCGGGUGGUAUCAGCAAGUGUCCCAUCUUCAACAUCAGAUGGCCCUGCAUCAUUCAGGAGUCUCAGUGGGAAGAGUGAUGAAGGUGGGAAUAGCUGUGGAAGUCUUUCAAGGAUAGAAGGCUUAGGUCGUGCAGCAAGGCGUCAGCUAGCUGCUUUUCUUGAUGAAUUCUGGGGACAACUUUAUGAUUUCCAUGGGCAAGUAACCCAGGAGGCUAAGGCUAAAAAAAUUGAUCUUUUGCUGGGACUGGGUGUAGAUUCAAGACUCACCAGUACCUUGCAGAAAGUGGAUGCAAGUGGAAAGGACUAUUCCGAGUACUUAUUACCUGUGGGAGGUAGAACUUCUGACAUUUUGGGGAACUCUCCAUAUGACUCUUCCAAGCAGCCUAGGAUGCAAAGUACUUCAGAGUCUUCAUAUGGUCUUCAAAGGAGUUCUUCCUCAAUGCGGGCAUAUCCCAUCCAAUUAUCGGAUGCAUAUGCACGGAUCUCUAGCCACAAUCCUUUUGAUUCUAGUGAGAGGCGUUAUUACAGUGUGCGCAAUCUACAUUCAUCCGAAGCUUGGGAUCAUCAGCCAGCUACCGUACAUGGUUAUCAGGCUGCAUCCUAUCGUAGCCGUGUUGGUAAAGACAGAAAUUCUGAUAACAUAAAUGGUUCAGUGGACUUGUUGCUGAAAUCCCCUUCCAUAGGUAAUACAAACUACAGGGAUUCACUUGCAUAUGCUUUGGGGAAAAGGCUGCAUAGUGGUUCAGGUGUAGGCCAACCCCCAGGGUUCCAAAAUGUAACUGUCUCUAGAAAUUGCCAAUUGCAAUCGGAGAGAUCCUAUUAUGAUUUUUGCUCCUCUGGACCUGCAGAUAAUACAGUCAAUUCAGUUAAUUCGAAGAAGUACCACAGCUUGCCAGACAUUUCAGGAAUCCCUAACCGGGCUGGUUAUGUCUCUGAUAAAAAUGUUCCAUGGGAUGGUUCUGCUGGAUAUGGGACUUUUGCUGGUAUGACGGGUUAUGACCAGUCAUUAUAUUCGAAUUCUGGAUCAAGAACAGGGACUCAUUUGGCCUUUGAUGAACUCUCUCCAUCAAAAGUUUACACAGAGGCACUCUCUUCACAGUUGAGUUCUGGUUUUGAUGCUGGAUCCCUCUGGUCUAGACAGCCUUUUGAGCAGUUUGGUUUACCUGAUAAGAUACAAAAUGUUGCAAUGGAAAGUGUCAGAAGUAGGCCUAAUGCAAUUGUUCAAGAAACUACUUCAUUUGUAGAUAUAGAGGGGAAACUUCUUCAGUCUGUUAGGGUUUGCAUUGUGAAGCUCUUAAAACUGGAAGGGUCUGAUGGGUUGUUUAGACAGAACGGUGGAGCUGAUGAGGAUCUGAUUGAUCGUGUAGCUGUGAGGGAGAAGUUUGUUUAUGAAAUUGAAACUAGGGAAAUGAAUCAGGUCAUUCACAUGGGCGAAGCUCAUUAUUUUCCUUCUGAUAGGAAAUCUGGUUCUUCAAUGAAGAAUAACGAGGCAAGUUCCUCAGGUUUUUCAGUGUCCUCGGUUCCUAAUUGCGGGGAGGGAUGUAUAUGGAGAUCAGACUUAAUAAUAAGCUUUGGGGUGUGGUGUAUCCAUCGUAUUCUUAACCUCUCACUUGUGGAAAGCCGGCCAGAGCUUUGGGGGAAAUACACGUAUGUGCUCAAUCGCCUCCAGGGCAUCAUUGAUCCGGCUUUUUUCAAGCCUCGUAGCCCCUUGGCCCCAUGCUUUUGUCUUCAAGUGCCAAUGACGCAUCAGAAGUUAAGCCCCCAUCUUUACAAUGGGAUGCUACCCCCAACUGCACAAUCGGGCCGGGGCAAAUGCACAACUGCAUCAACGUUGCUUGAACUUAUCAAGGAUGUGGAACUUGCCGUCUCUAGCAGGAAAGGACGUACCGGAACUGCAGCUGGUGAUGUGGCUUUCCCAGAGGGAAAGAAAAAUUUGGCGUCUGUUCUCAAACGGUAUAAGCGGAGGUUAUCCAACAAGUCCGUUGGCACUCACGACGGGAUCGGUUCACGCAAGAUCCCCUCGUUAGCACUAUACAACCAAUAGCAUUUUGCAUUAACAAAAUCAGUGUUCCUUGGGCUGUUAAGUAGUUUACUUUCUGAAGCAGCUCAUACUCUAGCCGUGUCUCUCCAUGUAUCAAAUUCCUUGCUGACCUUGUAGCAGAUUUUAUCAUGAAUGAUACACAUAGGGCAACAAAUACUAAGUUCAGCAAAAUCAAAACGAAAAUGGUUAGAUGAAAAUUUAGCUAUACAUUUUUGUUUUUCGUU